CUUGAAGCCCUCUAUAAAAGUGCAAGCACGGCCGCAGUUGAGCUGUCUUACCACGCUUCCACCAACAAUAGAAAGCGCGGCUGGGCACCCAUCAACAAGCCUCCAUCAUGCCUCUCUUUAUCCUCACCGAGACCAGCGCAGGCUACGGCCUUUUCAAGGCGGCUGAUAAGAAGCUGCUGGAUUCCGACAACAUCAGUGAUCGUCUAUCCACCGUUGACAAGAUCGUCAAGGAGAUCAAGUACAAGGAGUUUGCAAAGUUCGACAGCGCCGCGACCGCGCUCGAAGAAAUCGCUGGUGUGAUUGAGGGCAAGGUGACGCCCAAGCUGGCCGACCUCCUCAAUGAGUUCAAAGAUGAGAAGAAGGUCACUCUGGCCGUGGCCGAGAGCAAGCUCGGCAGCUCGAUCGUCAAGCUUCCCGAGUUGAACAUCAAGCCCAUCUCCGACUCCACGACAAACGACCUCUUCCGUGCCAUCCGCCAACAUCUGCCGGAGCUCAUCCCCGGCAUGCUCCCAGAGAACUUCCAGGAGAUGUCGCUGGGUUUGUCGCACUCGCUCUCGCGGCACAGACUCAAGUUCUCUCCCGACAAGGUCGAUGUCAUGAUCGUGCACGCCGUUUCCCUGCUUGACGAUCUGGACAAGGAGCUUAACACAUAUGCCAUGCGCGUGAAGGAAUGGUAUGGCUGGCAUUUCCCCGAGUUGGGCAAAAUCUUGCCCGACAACCUGUCCUACGCCAAGGUCAUCGUCACCCUGGGCUUGCGUUCCAACGCGACCGAGGCUGAUUUGUCCGAAAUCCUCCCCCAUGAGAUCGAGACGGCCGUUAAGGCCGCUGCCGAUAUCAGCAUGGGCACUGAGAUCACCGAUGAGGACCUCGAAAACAUCAAGCUUCUCGCCGAGCAAGUUAUCAGCUACUCCGAGUACAGGAGACAGCUUGCUGAGUACCUCGAGAACCGCAUGAAGGCCAUCUCCCCUAACAUGACGGAGCUUGUCGGCGCUCUUGUUGGUGCUCGGCUCAUCGCCCACGCCGGCUCCCUCAUCAGCCUCGCCAAGAACCCCGGUUCCACUAUUCAGAUCCUCGGUGCUGAGAAGGCGCUCUUCCGUGCGCUCAAGACCAAGCAUGCGACGCCCAAGUACGGUCUCAUCUACCAUGCCUCUCUGGUCGGCCAGGCUUCUGGUGCGAACAAGGGCAAAGUGGCUCGUCAGCUCGCUGCCAAGGUUGCCCUUGGUGUCCGCACUGAUGCCCUCGCUGAAUUCGAGGAUGACGCGGACGAUGAGACACGCGCCAGCCUGGGUAUCCGGGCCAGGGCCAAGCUAGAGAACAACCUGCGGGUGCUAGAGGGCAAGCCGCUCUCCAAGGGCGUUUCCGUGGGCCCCAACGGCAUCCCGCUCGGUGCCCCCUCCAAGUGGGACAUCAAGGAGGCCCGCAAGUACAACAUUGACGCCGAUGGCCUUUCAGCCGAGGCGGAAGCGCCUAAGAAGCCCCUCAUCGAGGAAGUUGACGAGGAGAUGGCUGGGCUCGACGUUUCGGCGGAAUCUGAUGAAGAGAUGCAAGAAGCUCCUAGUAAAAAGGAGAAGAAGGACAAGAAGGAAAAGAAGGAGAAGAAGGACAAGUCGAAGAAGUCCAAGGACACAGAGGCUGCUGCGCCUGUCGAGAUUACCGAGAAGGACUACGAGCGUCUCGCUAAGGAGGUGGGCAUCUCAGUCUCCAAGUUCGCCCGCCGGUUCGAGAAGGGACAAAUCAAGGUGAACGCCGACGGCACGGUAGAGGUCCUCGACAAGAAGGAGUCCAAGGCUCGGGAGGUCGAGGAGGCGGAGGUUGAGACACCCGUCAAGGCCAAGAGCUCGAAGCGCAAGCAUGACGCCGAGGAGGCGACGCCAGUCAAGGAGGAGAAGCCAAAGAAGAAGAAGAAGAAGUCCAGCAAGGAGUAGGCAGCAACCUCUCCUGCUAGAUUUACGUCUUUUACUUCCUUCUCUGUAUGAUACACCUGGCGUCCCGGCUGGUGGUUUUGGCGUUUGGAUGGGCACGAGUACGGCGUUCGGGCGGAUUGGUUGUGUGAUUCAUGCCGCACUCCAGUUUCGGGUGGUGAAAAGGCGGAAACGGAGGCUAGUUGCUGAUGCGCUCUCACAGGGGCACGUAUUGUUAGCACAGCGAGGACAGACUCUACCGAGUAUUAGUAUUGAAGGUUAUACAAUUUGGUUUCAA